AUGAAUCAUACGGCUUCUCCAACGCCCUCACACGCCAACAUUCACGCAUACACGCCUCUUGAAUGUCUAUUGCUUUUUCAAUCGCUACUUAGUUUUGGGACUCGAGAGGAAGAUUUUGUUCGAAUUUCCGAUGCUCUGACACACAAUGAACUGGUCAAAGGGGAGCCCACAUAUGAGGCGCAAAGGUUGAGCGUGGAUGCGUUGCGACAAUUGUAUGUGCAGCUUCUCCACGAAGAAGUGAAGACGGAUGGACCGGAGGAUGUACAGGAAGAUGGCACGCAGUCCGGGACGAAAAAGAGGAAGAUCCCCAGUCCAUCUCUCCCGGCUCCCAAGGAUGUCCAGCAGUGCAAGGAGAAGCUGCCGCUGAUGGUGGAUCGACUAUAUGCCAGGUAUCGCGAGCGCAUGAUUCAGAGCAUUCGAGACGAGGAGAGAAGGUAUGCUCAGGUAAAGCGAGAGAUUCAGGAAAUCGAACAAGGACUUUGGGACGACAGGAUACGAGAAGAAGAUCGAGAGAUACAGAGAAAGGCGAUCGCUGUCACAGAUGGACCUACUCAUCCAAGGACGAAUGGAGUCUCAGCAACUCCUACCCCGAUUGAUCCUCCACCUCCGCCGCCAGAAUCGAAGAAAUCGGAAGAUCACAAACCUCACGAGAAUGUGCAGCCGUCGCCAGUACCCUCAGAAUCACAAGAGCCAAGGGUAUCCCCGAAGCCCUUGAAACUUCCUACUCCUCCAGUUGCUCAACCGCCGGCACCACAGAAAUCAGAAGGCAUCUCAUUGCGCGAAGUUCUAAAUACACCACAGCCAGAGCAAGCAAUCCGACCCCCACCGCAACAACCACCAAAUGUGCAGACUCAACCACAAAACUACUCAAAUCAACCACCACAGCAGCCAUUGCAAUCACCUCAUCCACUUCCACAUCCGGUCGAAGUGCGUUCCGCCACCGGUCCUUCGGGUGCAACUCCACACAUCCCGUUGAAUGGUCCGAACGGUACCCCAAAUUCUUCUUUCAAUGGCCCAUCGAACGGUUCGAUAGCGAGGCCACCUCCAAAACGGCAGCCGAGCACAAACCCUCAGCAGCAAAUCCAGCACUCGCCUCAACUUCCAUCUCAAAGUGGUACACAGUUCCAAUGGCAUCAUGAGCAACCGUACCCCCCACCGCAACAGAUGCAACAGCCUCACUAUCAAGGAGGAAAUUCUCAACAGCAGCACUACAACGGUCCGAAAUACCCUCCUCAAUAUACCCAGGUAGGCCGUGGGAACUUUCCACCUCCCCAUGGAUUUCCUCCUCCAAACCAUCAUGUCCCAUCCUCACCAUCGCCUCUCGGUUCUCAGCAUCCAUCACCUGUCAAUACCCAGCAUCCGUCACCGCUUAAUACACAACUUCCACCCCCCUUGAAUACCCAACAUUCCCCCCAUAUGCAUCAUCAACAAGGUAUAUUGUUACCUCCGCCGAAUGGCGUGGCGAGAUCACCUGGCUCUCCAGGCAUGCCGCUGGAUGCUUUGGCAGAUAUGGCCGGGCAACAAUAUCGUCCACCGCCGCCUAGCUCGCCUAUGACUGCACAUUCACCCCAGAUGCAACCACCGCCCCAAGGCUAUCACAUGCAGCCACCUCCUAUGGGACAUCCAAUGCAAUACCAGCAAAGGCAGGCCCCCAAUGUCCCUUCAAACGGGCAACCUCAUGGUCCUCCCCAGUGGAAUCAGAAUUUUCCACCUCCGCAAUAUCACCCACCACAGGGACCGUACCCACCUCAGUUCCAACCGUCUCCGAACCAAAGAUUACCGUAUCCUGCUCCAGCACCUCUGACUCAGGUUCAAGAAAACAGACAGUACAAUUCUCCAUACAACCCUAGUGUUGCCGGAAAUCAGACCUCAAAGCCUGUUGCUGGUAUUCCUCAAUCUUUGUCCAAGCCAAGACCAAGUCAGCCAAACACUCCUCUAAACCAGAAGGUAUUGAGAUUUACCACCGGAAGCGGUACCAGAUGGACUCCGACACCUACUCCGUCGACUCCAGGUCGUGACCGCGUCAUUCAAUCGCCUGCCGUGGAACCAAUAAGCCCCAUUUUAAAACCUGCGAGUCUUCCUCCAGCCACAAAAAAGGUACCAACUAAACAAGAUGCUCCAAAGUCAGAGCCGAAGAAAGCUGGACGACCACGUCCGAUUGUACAACAACGUACCCGUGCUGGAAGUACAGCCUCUUCUGUUGUGCCUGGCUCAAAUCGAAGUCAGUCAGUUGCAUCUCAGGUAGACGAUGACUUUGGGGGUCGACAAGUGAAGCAAGAAGUAGCCACUCCUAUUGGGUUGGAAGAUGGUGGCGAUACCACUGCGGACGAGUUUGUUGCUCGUCCCAAGCCACGCCCGAGUCCGCAGAAGAGAAAGCAUGCUGCAAGUAUUCGAACCAGCUCAAACUCGCCAGCUCAAGUGUUGUGGAUGCGGAAUUUUCCGAAAAUAUCACAAUCUGCACUGGAGGGUGUUGCUGCCCACAAGAACGCCAGUAUGUUUGCAGCUCCCAUCAAGGAGCGUGAUGCACCUGGUUAUAAAAAUCUUAUUCUACGGCCUCAAGAUUUGAAGAGCAUUCGGUCAGCGAUUAACGCUGGCCACCGAGCCGCUACUUCGCUGGCACCUUCGGACAUGAAUCCGUCUGCAACAAAUGUUUGGCUACCCAUAUCUGAGGAUCUUAUCCCUCCUAAGGGUAUCAUCAACAAUGCACAGCUCGAAAAGGAAUUGAUGCGAAUGUUUGCAAAUGCGAUCAUGUUCAAUGCGGAUCCCGAUCGUGGUCUAGGGAAACGGCUACAAGACAGUAAAGGGAAAGGAGAUGAGGUUCUCGGCUACGAGAUUGACGAGGACGGCGUCGUAAAAGACACUCGCGCCAUGUUUGCUGAUGUAGAGAAACUGGUCAUGGAGCUGCGGAGCACCGAAAGGAAAAGCGAGGAAAGACCUCGCGAUGUGAGCUUAGCUGAUGCUGUCGACGACGAUGAAGACGAAUUAGUUGGUGAUGAAGGUUCUGUCCACUUUGGCAGUCUUGCUAAGCGCAGACGAAAGGGUUAG